AUGUCCCACGCUCUGAUGCCUUACGCCUUUCCGGCUUCUCUGAAAGUUCGACCCGACGCCUUGCGCCCCUCCCUCCACCCCUCUUUCCCCCCCUCCCUCCCCUACCCCCCACCCCUCAUUCCUCCCUCCCCCCUUCUUUCCCCAGCCCCUGACCCCACCCCUCUCCCCGCCCCUGGCCCCCCUUACCCUACCACUCCCCUGCACUCACGCGGCCCCCUUGGCCUUUCCUCUCCUCGUGUACUCGUGUGUCUUGCAGUGCAAUUUCCCCCACUCUCCCCUUCCCCCCACUCUCCCCUUCCCCCCACUCUCCCCUUCCCCCCACUCUCCCCUUCCCCCCACUCUCCCCUUCCCCCCACUCUCCCCUUUUCCCCACUCUCCCCUCCCCCCCCACUCUCCUCUCCCCCUUCCCCCCCCCCCACUCUCUUCCCCCCCAACUCUUCCCCCUCCCCACGACUCUUCCCCCUCCCCCACUCUUCCCCCCACACACUCUCCCCUUCCCCCACUCUUUUCCCCCCACUCUCCCCUCCCCUCCACUCUCCCCUCCCCCCCAUUCUCCCCUCCCCGUCACUCUUCCCUCCCCCACUCUCCCCUCCCCCCACUCUCCCCUCCCCUCCUCUCUCCUCUCCCCCCCCCACUCUCCCCCCCCCACUCUUCCCCCUCCCCCCACUCUCCCCCCCCACUCUCCCCCCCCACACUCUCCCCCCCCACACACUCUCCCCUCCCCGACGGUGA